AUGGCUCUCGACCCGCAGCUUAUUGCCUCGACCUGGCUUGCCGCCUUCGCCACCGCUUCUCAGAACGGCGACGUCGAGGCGUUUAGCUCCCUCUUCUUGCCCAACGGGUGGCUCAGGGAUCUCUUGGUCUUUUCAUGGGAUAUCCGCUCUCUCGAGGGGCGCAGCAAGGUCGCCGGAUACGUCGCGGGCACCCUGGCUAGCGCCGAGAUCAAGCACGUCAAGCUCGACGAAAGGGCACAUCUCGCCCCGCAGGUCUCCUUCGUUUCGGCUGUUCCAGCCGUGGAUGUCGAGCUGGCCUUCUCGUUCGAAUUCCGCAACGGCCACGGACGUGGGUAUGCUCGUCUCCUCCCGGACGAGGACGGGGCCUUUAAAGCUCUUACGGCCUUCUUGAUGCUCUCCGACAUACGAGGUCACGAGGAGCAAGACGUCCUCACUUUGCGGGACGACAGUGUGACCCCCGGACGCGACCUGCAGAAGGACUUCGAUCAGUGGAUUCACGGCGUCGAGACGAACCCCUACGUCCUGAUACUCGGUGCAGGACAAACCGGCGUACAAGUGGCAGCUCGUUUUAAGGCGAUGCAGAUCCCUACGCUCGUCAUCGAACGCCACGCCCGAGUGGGCGACGUGUGGCGGAAGCGAUACCCUGCGCUGGCCCUACAUACCAUCAAACGACGGAACACCUUGCUUUACCAAUCGUUCCCAGCCAACUGGCCUGAGUUCACUCCGCGCGACAAAAUCGCCGAUUGGCUCGAGCACUACGUAUCUAUCCAAGACCUCGUCGUGUGGACGAGUUCUGAGCUGCAGCCCAACCCUGUCUACGAUGCCGGAACGGGUACCUGGGACGUCACCAUCCGUCGCCAGGGCAAAGACGUUAAGCUGCGUCCCGCCCAUAUCGUCCUCGCGUCUGGGACUUUAGGCAAGCCGAACAUCCCUGAAAUCCCGGGGCGGGACACCUUCUCAGGCCCAGUGCUCCACUCCGAGGGGUACAACGGCGGCGCCGAGUUCGCCGGGAAACGCGUAGUCGUCGUCGGCGCCGGCAACAGUUCGAUCGACAUCUGCCAGGACCUCGUCCUGCAGGGCGCGCAGGAGGUCACGAUGAUCCAGCGAUCGCCGACGUGCGUCUCCGGCCGCGACAUUAUCUCGGCGGUCUCGCGCCUGCGCUGGAAGGAGGACGUGCCGAUGGAGAUCGCGGACUUCCGCGCGGCGUCGCUCCCGUUUGGGCUCCAGAAGCAGUGGGCGAUCGCGCACCAGGACAAGGCGUGGGAGAUGGAGAAGCCGCUGCACGACAAGCUGCGCAAGGGCGGGGUGCAGCUGAAUAUGGGCCCGGAGGGCCAGGGUCUUUAUAUCUUGACUCUGGAAAGGCUUGCCGGUUACUGGCAGGACAAGGGCGCCGCUGACCUGAUCGCCGACGGCCGCAUCAAGGUCAAGAGCGGUGUCGCCCCUCAGGCGUUCACCGACUCUGGCCUCACUUUCACCGACGGGUCUGAGUUGUCCGCAGACGCGGUCAUCAUGGCUACGGGCUAUGUCCACAUCAGGGAGGCGAACCGUGCGCUGCUCGGUGACGACGUCGUCAAUAAGACCGGCGAGGUCUACGGUCUCGACGGUGAGGGAGAGAUUAGAGGAAGCUACCGGCCCUCGGGCCACCCCGGGCUGUGGUACGCGACCGGCGACUUCUUUGUCUCGCGUUUCCACUCGAAGGCCCUGGCUCUGCAAAUCAAGGCGAAGCAACUCGCAACGAACUCCGGGAGGUAG